CUUUGAUAUGUCAUAACGGAACCAUUUCUUUGUUUUUGGUUUUUUAAUUCAACAUCGAUUCUACGUGAUUCUGUGAUCAAUGGAAUUCUCCCCUCUGACUUCUAUCGAAGUGCUUUGUGGCAAGCUGUAGCGGCUUUUUUUUAAUACUUUUACCAGGAUUGUGUGAUCGCUAUAGGAAAGUUUUUAGAGUACUGUGUCUGGAUACGGUGCCCUAAUGCAAACGCAUGAAGGUAGGGAGGACAACAGUCGCCGAAUUAUCUGGCUUUUGUUUGCAUUCAUUUGAAUCGAUGUGGUUGCCGUGAAAAAGUUUCAGAAUUCAUUCCACACUGUACUUCUCGCUGAAUAUGGACAAACUAGACGUGGUAGAGGAGACUGAACUAAAGGAGCCCCUUCAGCCCCCUCUACCCCCGGCACCUCCGGAUCGCUGUGAUUACCGGGGUAAAUGUAGCUGGAAGGAAGACCCACCUGCCAGCAACUUCACCGUGUACAGCUUCGAAAACCUGGACGGGAAUCGGGAAGCGGAAAAGGCGACCUCGUUGCCGCCGACAACAAAAGAACCGUUAUAUUCCACGACGGAAAUCGUAGACAUGUUACAAGGCCUGCAUUCCGAGAUUGAGACCCUCAAGGACAGGAUUUACUGCAUUAAUAAUAGGAGGACAAGUUUUGUGUACGAAAACAUCGAGGGUAAAAGACGAAAUUCGGAAACUAGGCGGGAAAAUAGGGAUUACCUUUUGCAGUCUGCUCAAGAAGCGGGAUUUCACAGGUUACAGUUUGUGCUCGAUCCAAAAGUUGGAUGCUUUAGAAAGUUUAUGUGGUUCCUCAUAGUGAUGUGUGCUCUCGGACUCCUUAUCUUCCAGUUGUUAGAUCGUGUUGUACUAUUUAUCAGUUUCCCUACGGAAGUCAAUAUCCAAACCCAGUAUGUGCGUAACCUUAACUUUCCAGCCGUCACGAUAUGCAACAGAAAUAUGUUCAGGCUGACCGGCCUUGCCGAUAUUGGUCGUUUGGAAGAAGUCCUGGCAAUCUACAACAGCCAAAACAUCACGGGGAGCUGGCAAGACACGGUCGCCCCUAGAGGUAGCUAUUUACAAGAUCUGCGCAACGUCUCCCAUCUCAAGAAGGACUUCAUUAGAGGGUGUGUGUGGCAAAAUGAACCAUGUGAUCUCGAGGACUUCUGGGAAACCCUCACGGACUUUGGGCUGUGUUACACAUUUUUACCUCGGGCACGAAAAAGAAAUGUUUAUGGAACAGGUCCCGCCAAUGGCCUAUCCUUGCUGUUGAACGUAGAGCAGUAUGAGUACGUGCUGGGGACAAAGUCGGCGGUGGGUGCCCGGAUCACAGUGCAGGAGCCGGGUCAGGUGGCCUGGGUUGCGGAGAAAGGCGUGGACCUGGCUGUGGGCAUGUACACGGCAGUGGAGCUGGAGCCUAUCACGAGGAGAAACGCCCCUCCACCCCACACGUCUUGUAAGAGGCAGUCUGAUAAUUACAGCCGAGACCAGUGCCUCACACAGUGCCAGAAACACUACCAGGAGAGCCACUGUCGCUGUUCUAUAAACCCUGAUGUUAAGUUGACACAAGAUAACCGUCGAUACCCAAGAGAGAACGUUCAAAAGCCCCAAUGUGAUAUCAUAGGAUACAUCAAAUGCCAGAUGAAUAUCACAGAUCACUGGGCGGCCCAGGGCUGUUUUUGUGUGCCGGAAUGUCGUGUGGUGGAAUACAGGACGUUUCUGUCUUACGCCAAACUUUCGGCGUACGCUGCCGAGAGCAUUGUCCGCACUCUAGAAGACAGGAAUGUGCUGGAGCAGAAGCUACAGAAGGCCCGGGAUAAGUACCACCGGAUAGAUAAAACCAUAUGCGCGUAUGACGUCGAUAAGCUGCAUUCCACCUUCAAAUCACUGGAUAAUGUGUACAAUGGGAUAGCCGAAUAUGUCAACUUUCAGCACACAGAUUAUGAGAGCACUUUACAGAGUUUACAAGAUGCGUUAGACGCCCUGAACAGAGACGUUGUUGUGAGCUACUCGGACAUUGAUGAAAUGACACACGUGGCUUUUUUGUCACUGGAUGGAAGGAUCAGAAAUCUUUUAGGCGAAAUAGAGUUUGAGAAAUCUUCAGUUCCUGAUAUCUCUCUUCGUGGACUUCUUGAUAAGUUAUCACAGAUUCUCUCACUUCCAGACUCGUCCGUGUCCGACUCUAGCCCCAUUCUACAGUUUCGAAAAGGCAUAUUGCGCUUUCAGCAAACUAUAGUUAAUGGGUAUGGACAAAAAUACCGAGAAUUUCGACAGCACCGUAAACAGUACAAUAUAACCACUGACAGCAUGCUAGCUACGAUCACAGAUCUUUCACGACUCUUGACGGAGAAGUAUUCCGCUGCCAAAAAUGCAAGUGGUGGCAGAAAACUUGGCCAUUUAUUAGAUUUAAUUUUCGAAGAUAUUAACCAACAAAAGAAAGAAUUUGAAAAUCGGCUUGAGGCCGAUCAUAACCAAUUGUUAGAUACGUACUUAAUGGACAGGAAAAAAGUAGUGGAAUUCAGGAAGACCUUAUAUAACACUAGUAAGACAUUUACGGCCACAGUGAAGAGACUGAAAGCCGCUAUAGCCGACCUGAAACCAGCCUUCCAGCGGCUGCACUCACAAGUUGAACUUGUUGCCAUGAAUUUUUCCACCUUAAGGUUGAAUUAUGACAAGAAGUUUUUGAGGAAAACGGAAAUGGCCACCAAAGUGAACGGAGAGGAUAUGAAAGAGGCACUGAGAAGCCUGAGGACGUACCUCAAUGAAACGAGAUACCUGAAAAAAGAAGUGACUCAAGCCAGCCGAAUCAUGACAGAAUCGAUCAAGCCCAUCGCAGAUCGUAUCGCAGACUUCGGUAUCAAAAGUCGACGCGAAGUGCAGUGGCUGCUGGACAAACUUAUGUUCAACGAGACCAAGUCCCAAGUGACGAAACUUACCGAGAAAGUAGAGAAGACUUUGAGUGACAUCAGCGCCUACCAAUCAGAACUGAGAGAAUAUUUAACCGGGAGUAAAAUAAACGGAAACUUUUAUUUACAAAACUUCAUGCAAGUGGAUGUAUACUUCAAAGAAUUGCGUGAAACCAGGAUCACACAACUGGAGUCAUACGGUCUCUUCGAUUUUGGAUGCGAUAUUGGCGGGACAUUGGCCCUCUACAUUGGAAUCAGUGCCUUUACUUUGUUCGAGAUUAUCGACUUCCUCUGCGGAACUAUGUUUUGCAAAGGCAACCAAAAGCGCAUGGACGUGAAUUUAUGAGGUUACUGUGAAGUUCUGUACUCAGACAGAUAUGAAGAUGCAGCGUACAGACUACUGCCGAAAAAAUACACUUUCUCGGAAUAAUGGACUCGCUGUUGCCGGCGGGAACCGUCGUCUAAGAGUUUUGGACGUCAAGUUGUCCAUGUGGAGUCUAAUAUUUAACAAAGUUUAACAUGGAGGAUGUAAACAGACUCUCUUCCGACAGUACAAACAACGGGGGUAGCCACCGGAACAACAUGCAGCUCCAGCGCCGUGGGUUAGAGUGUGUUAAUAAGAUCACACAAUUAAAAGUUGCACCAAACAAUACCGUUUCUGACCCAAGGUUACAGAAGUUAUCUUAGGUCCGAGAGGCCUCAGUGACACAAAUUGUCUGGAUUUCUGACAGUGGUUGAACAAAUACUCGCCAGUUAGGUUGCCAAGACGUCUUUCUGUCCUACAGAUAUUAAGCUCACCAUGUGGCAACCGGAAGCGCAUCAGAUGUGACGUGAGUUACAACCUAACCGGAUAUUGCGGAUCCGGCCACCAAAUGACAGCAGUAUCAUUUCAUUCCGGUCAGAGGAUAUACCGUGCAAUUGCUAAAUACAUGUGGAAAGUGCAUAGUUGGCUAGUUGUCAAGGUAAAUGACUACAAAUCGCAAUUGCAAUCUCGCGUUCAGUGGUAGGCCUACAUAACAUUUGAUCGAUAAAAUUAUACGCCCUCACAUGUUUCAAAAAUAAAUCGACUCGCAACUAGUUUAAAAUUUUGCAGUUGAAUAGCCAGGAAUUUGUAAUCAGAAUUUGAGAGAAGUUUCGCUAUAUAAUUUCGUCCAAACUCUCCUCGUUAUUGUGAUGCGGACUUUAAACAUCUGAAAAGUUUAGUUAAAGUUGACAAAGUCACAAACUUUGGAAUUACAGGAACGUUCAACUGUUUGAAUGCAUUAUUUAUUUAUUUGGUUGGUGUUUUACUCGGUAAUCAAAAGUAUUUCACUCAUAGGACGGUAGGCAGCAUUGUUGUGGGAGGAAACCGGGCAGAGCCGGGAGGAAAGCCACGAACAUCUGCAGGUUCCUGACAUAUCAUCCCACGUACGAUCAACUGUCUGGCGUAUUCAUGACAAUUACAACGGAGCGUACAGCUAUGAAGAACACAAUUUCUGUAGAACAUAUAUGUUCACGCAAUUAGUAACAUUGCGGCUGUGCCACGACAGAAACGAUUGCAUCCCUGAUUAAAGGGAUUAUUAAAUGGGGUAACUUUUCUUGGAGGAAUGGUGUGGGCAGACUAUUCUUUGUUUACCUCCCCUGAUUGGUCAGUCGCCCAGAAGGCCUGAAACUGACCUGUUUCCUCAUACAGAGCGCAAAAUUUGCGAUUACUAACAGUGAUGAAUGUAACAUGCAAUGCGUUUCCUUUGUACACAGUCUAUGUAUAACUGUAAAUAGGACUUUCCUUUGAAGAGACUCGCUAAAGACGUGUAAAUGGAUAUACCUGCUGAAACAAAGGAACUAUGAAUUAAUAAAAUAGCGCCAUACCUCCUGGAAGUUUGAACUUGCGAAUUCAUUGACUGGCUCUGAACAGUCUACAUAUCACGACAAUACUGGUAACAUUAAAUAUAUACAGCUGUGUUAUGGACGCGGGGUACUGCGUGUACGGUGAACGAUGAAAAUAAGGGACCAUAUAACUAUGUGACUUGUGCUAUUUAUUAUUAUUAUUGUAUAUAUGGCCCCUAAUUAAGCAACGUUUCUCAGAUAUAUAUAUAUAUAUAUGCUAAUGUAAAUAUAUUUGCUACACCUGGCUCUGUUGAUGUGCACGGUUAAACCGUGGAAAUAUUUUAUUUAACUUCAUGUAUUUUAAAUGCUUUUGUAUGCUCAGUAAUUGCUCAUUUAUGUAUUGAUUCUUCAUAUGGCGUGGACAUGUUCUAUCUGUAGGUGACAAAUUGAAGCUGGCUUUGACAAUAAAA